ACAUUUUGAUCAGUCACAAUUUUGUUUUCAACGCAAACGUUGUGUCGUUUAAAACUUGAAUAAUGUUUUAAAAUAAUUCAAAUAAAAUUAAACAGUUUUGUGAAUGGUUCAAUUAAUUUUAGACAACUGUGAUAAGAUGGCGAGAGCUGCAUUUUUUAUCUUCUUACUUGGCCUAUGUCAAGCGCAAGUGAAUGAUGCGGACGAGGAUCUAGCAAAAUUACUUGAACAGAUAUUCGGGAAGGCGCCAACGACCAACGUAUCUGGACUUCCUACUAAUAUACCUGCACCAAUUCCAAGUUUGAAAGAAAAAGACGAAGUUCCAAUGGUAGAAUCAAAUACACAAUGCAUGACGGCUGAUGGGAGAGAAGGGUCAUGUACAGUACCAUCGGGUUGUACCAAAAUACUCUCACCACUUAGAAAAAGUGACAAAGGCAUUUGUAUUGGGGCCGAUGAAAUUUGUUGUGGUUUUGAAGAUAUAUCGUUGUCCGGCGUUGAGACUGUGCCGAAGUCAGGGUGCGGUUGGCGCAACGGCGAUAAUACUGAGAUCCUGUCGGAUAAUACCGAAUUUGCUGAGUUCCCCUGGAUAGUCGCCGUACUCAAGGUAGUACCGGCAAAUCCUGAGAAGCCUGAGGGUAGUAAGUUGUAUUUAUAUACUUGCGGCGGGUCUGUGAUACACCCGCGGGUAGUGCUCACUACCGCACACAACGUUUACGAGAAGAAUUUAAAUCUGCGAGCGCGCGCCGGCGAAUGGAACACUACCUCUGAGGAUGAAGUACUCCCCUAUCAAGAUAGGAACGUUGAGAGGAUUAUUAUUCAUGAACUUUUCAAUACUAAAAGAACGAACCUAUUCAACGACGUAGCACUUUUAGUACUAGACAAGCCUUUAGACUUUGUUUCUAAUGUGAACUCUAUUUGUCUACCUCCCGCCGGUGAGCGCGCGGUAGACGGCACCAGAUGCUUCUCCGCUGGCUGGGGAAAGAAGAAGUUCGGCAAAGCAGGAGCAUAUCAGACGGUUCUUAAAAAGGUUCAAAUUCCAGUUAUAGACAGGAGUAAAUGUCAGAGGGAACUUCGUAAGACUAGAUUGGGUCCUGUAUUCAAUCUGCACAAUACGUUCAUGUGCGCUGGUGGGGAACCUAACAAGGACACGUGCACUGGAGAUGGUGGUUCACCGUUAAUGUGUCCUAUAAACGGUCAGGUGGGUAGGUACACCGCUUCAGGUAUGGUUGCUUGGGGCCUCGGUUGCGGAGACGCUUUGCCUGCUGUGUACGCCGAUGUCGGCGCGCUCCGGCCUUGGAUUGAUGCCAAGAUGGCGGAACUCGGCUUCGGUCAGGAUUCCUACACUUAUUGAAUAAAUCUUUU